AUGAAGACACUUUGCACAGCUCUGGUGUUGACCGUCAUCAUAACGGCACUGCUGCCAGAAGUCACUGCUUUUUUUGAGGGACAGCGCCCACGAUUUUCAAUAGGGGUGUUUCCCCCUGGCGGUAAACCUGCCAGUCCUGGAGACGUGGGCGAUCCGUGCACCACCGGCUUCGAUUGCAAGAAUGGCACGUGCUGUGUACAAUCAAGUCGCAGGCACUCGCGCACAUGCGAGAAUUUAGGACAAUUCGGACAAGUGUGUUCGGAGGAAUCAAUUAAAGGUGGCAUCUACACGGAGCACUGUCCGUGCAAACCAGGUCUGCAAUGUCGGGACUUUUCAAGCAGGACACAUAUAUGUGUGAGAGGAAAAUGA